AUCCGCAUACGGAACGACCCUUUUAAAGUCUAAUAUAACGACAUAAUUUAGUUUAUUUAAACGUGCUAGAACGAGGUGAUAGAGGUGGGUGAGUAGUAGGGGGGAAUUUAGGCAUGUGGGCAACAUGUUCCACAUGACGUAUAUUUAUAUAGUGAUGUUUCUUGACUUUUGAGUAUAGCAAUUUUUCAUGGAUUCUAAACCUAACAAUCUCCUUUUAGAUAUAGUACUAUUAAUUCUCUAGUAGUAGUAUUCUAGUUCCUCUACUUGUUUUUUGGUGCAAGUAACUGCAGCCAUCCACCAACAAAGUUAAGAUUGGAUUAAGGUCUUUAAUUAUUUCUUCUUCAAUGUGUAGGCAAAUGAAAAAUAAUUUAGACUUUAACAAGUGAAGAAAUAUAUGAUAUAUAGAAAGGAAAAUUAAGCAAUAGGCAUGAAGAGGGAAUCCAGGCUUGGCCUUCAACUUUUCCCUCUACUGGCUUCUCCUUCUACUUCUUCAGAAUUCUGCACUGAUCACUCUGUGACGUGCUCGUCAACAAGAAAGCAAAUCACAAUUUUCCAUGCACAAGCUGGGGUUUAUGAUACAUCUGAACUCCAGCUCAUGGCCAUCUUAUGGCUUGCGAGAGGAGAAUUGAAAUUAUCAAGAUUGGGAAUAUCAUGUUUUCAAUUUCAAUUGCAUAGGCCUUAUGGAUUGUCUCUCAAAAAAUCUCUACAUAAAUUUAUGCAAAAAAGAAGAGACAGAAUUAAGCAAAUUAAAAAAGACACCUAGCCAAUAAAGAAUUUAAAGAGUUAUGAUCAUCCUGUUGAUUAUUAGUAUUGAUCAUCAUUUUAGUGUUGUAAUUGAUAAGAACUUGGAAUUUUCACUAUCAAAAUUCCAUCAUUAAUGUAGAAUUGUAUGGUUGGAUUAAUCUUGAUGUUAUUUUUAUCA